GCGGCGAGUAAGUCAUUGUGCGCAUGUUCAGUAGCUAGUGGCGCCGGCGGAAUGGCGUGAGGGAAGCUUGGCAAGCAUUGAGCGUAGCCUGUUCGUCUUCCCGCAGAUCGGGUGAGCAUUUGGGAUGAUUCAAUGAAAUUCAUCGGCCUGGAAACGUGAAAAAGAAACCUCUUUCUUCAGUUAAUCUGCUCCUUGGAGAGGUGCCACAGCGAAGAUGGAUCAGAACAAUAGUUUGCCCCCUUUCCAGGGACUACCAUCCCCCCAGGGAGCAAUGACACCUGGAAUCCCUAUCUUCAGUCCUAUGAUGCCCUAUGGUAGUGGCUUGACGCCUCAACCUGUACAAACAACCAACAGUUUGUCGAUUCUUGAAGAACAGCAGAGACAGCAACAGCAGCAAGCUCAGCAGUCGACAUCCCAGCAAGGCACUCAAGGGUCCGGCCAAACCCCUCAAUUGUUUCACUCACAGACUCUAACUACAGCACCUCUUCCAGGCAAUACACCUCUGUACCCCUCCCCUAUGACCCCCAUGACUCCUAUCACGCCAGCCACUCCUGCAUCUGAAAGUUCUGGGAUUGUGCCUCAGUUACAGAAUAUUGUCUCCACAGUGAAUCUUGGCUGCAAAUUGGACUUAAAAACGAUUGCACUUAGAGCUCGAAAUGCUGAAUAUAAUCCAAAGCGUUUUGCUGCAGUAAUUAUGAGGAUCAGAGAACCACGUACUACGGCGCUUAUAUUUAGCUCGGGUAAAAUGGUUUGCACAGGAGCUAAAAGUGAAGAACAAUCUCGGUUAGCAGCCAGAAAAUAUGCUCGAGUUGUACAGAAAUUGGGAUUCCCAGCCAAGUUUUUAGACUUUAAAAUCCAAAAUAUGGUGGGCAGCUGUGAUGUGAAGUUCCCGAUCAGAUUAGAGGGUCUCGUGCUUACGCAUCAACAGUUCAGCAGCUAUGAACCAGAGUUAUUUCCUGGUCUCAUUUACAGAAUGAUCAAGCCAAGAAUUGUUCUACUGAUUUUCGUGUCUGGAAAGGUUGUAUUGACUGGUGCUAAAGUUAGAGGAGAGAUCUAUGAAGCUUUUGAAAACAUAUAUCCUAUUCUUAAAGGCUUUAGAAAAACGACAUAACGGCUGCUUUUGCAAUUUUAACUUUUUGUAUAUGUUUUGCAAAGUAGACUCCUUUCUACCUGGUUUGGCGUACCGUUAUAUGAAGAGAUGGACUCUAGUUACAUAUGGUGUUCCACUGACUUCAGUAUGUUCCUGUCACUCUUUCACAUUUUAUUUUAUUGCCAAAUGGUCAGGGUAAUGCAGGUUUUAUGUGACAGGUUUGUUUUAAUGUUUUUAUAAAAAAAUAAUAAUCUGAUCCCGCAUUUUACUCAGUUCUCAAUGUGUAAUUUACAGACAAUAAGUAUUUUUAUUUUGUUACUUUGCAUCUCUAGGAAGGAGUUCAGCAUUUGUAAAUAUGCUACCUGUGCCCUGUAUUCUUCCCCUACGGGUCAUUCUUAGUAGUUAGUCUGCUGUAUUUCUUUGUUCAGCCUAACGUCCCCCUUUUUAAAUACUCUUUAAUUUUAAGCCAUUGUAUGUAAAUUUCUCCAAAGCCAUUUUUAUGAUUGAUUACCUUUUUGUGCCAGAAACAUUCCUGAAUUUCAGUGUUUAGUUGGACAAAAUAAAAUUUUAUUGUUCUCUGAA